UGGGUCCUUAUGGGGAGCCCUGCCUGGUGGCACAGGGCCGGCAGCAGCGCAGCCGUGGGACCCUGCCUGCCCCUUGCUCCCACGAGUGGGAAACAACGGGGAAGCGGCUUCCCCUUUGAGUCACGCGUUGGGCAAGGCCGGGCUUUCGGUGCCGGAGCGCUGCGGUGGCCCCGCGUGUGCGCAGGAGCUGAUGUAACCCUGAACCCAUAUAAGCCCUGGCCGGUGCCCGGGGAUGGGGUCUCUGCACAGCUGUGUGUCCCAUGGCCGCGUCCUCUGCUCCAGCUCCCAGCUCCCAGCACUGUUCCCGAGGCUCUCUGGGACCAGCGUGCCUCUGCCUCCUGCUCCUGCUGAGCACCUGCGUGCCCAUCACUGGCACCAACCCCGGCAUCAACCCCGGCACCAACCUCGGCACCAACCCUGGCACCAACCCCGGCACCAACCCUGGAACCAACCUCGGCAUCAACCCUGGCAUCACAGCCCGGCUGACCCGGAGGGCGUUGGAAUUCGGCCGGCGCUUUGGGGUGGAGCUGCUCCAGUCACUGCUGCAGAAGGAGCAUGAGCUGGACCUGCAGGGCUCCUACCACAUCCCGCUCCUGGGGACGCUGACCUACACCGUGCCCCGGAUCCACAUCCAGGAGCUGCAGGUGAACGACUCCAGCUUGGACUUCGCUGAGGACGUGGGGCUGAGGCUGACGGUGCAGGGCGCCCGCGUCCGGCUCAGCGCUGAGUGGGGAGCCCGCCUGGGGGCCGUCCAGGACAGCGGCUCCCUGGAGCUCCACAUGCAGGACCUGGCCAUGGCGGCGGUGCUGGGGCUGGGGGCGGAUGCUGACGGCCGCCCCGCGCUGUGGAGCGCCGGCUGCGACGCCCGCGGUACCCACCUGCGCCUGCAGUUCCACCGGGGGCACAGCUGGCUCUACAACCUCCUGGCACCUCCGCUCCAGGGGACCCUGCAGCAGGAGCUGAACAAGCAGCUCUGCAUCGAGCUCCGCAAAGGUGUCUUCAAGCUGGAGGAUGCCCUGAAGCAAAUGCGAGUGUCCACCCAGGUGGAUGCCUUCGUUGCCAUCGACCAUUCCCUGCUGCGGCCACCGGCCAUCACGGCAGAGCAUGGGGACAUCGCCAUCAAGGGAGAGUUCUUCAGGGUGCACAAGUCCCAGCAGAGGCCCUCUUUGGUGCUGCCGGUGCCGCUGCCGGUGCCGCUGCCGGUGCCGCUGCCGGUGGCACACGAGCCCAUGCUGCUGGUGGCUGUCACCGACUCUGUUGCCAACUCGGCCGCCUUCGCCUACUUCACGGCUGGGGCCCUGCGCAGGAACAUCUCCAGUGCCAUGCUCCUGCGGCGGUUCCCGGUCCAGCUGAAGACCAAGAGCUUCGGGAUCUUCACCCCACAGCUGCAGGAGCGUUUCCCGGACCAGCCCAUGGAGCUGCAGGUCUGGGCCCGCCGGCAGCCGCUGUUCUCCUGCCACCCCGAUGCUGUGCACGGGGCCCUCUUCGGCUCUGCUGAGGCCUUCGUGCUGCUCCCCAAUGGCACCCGUGUCCCCGCUUUCCUGCUGGACAUCGAUGCCAAUGUGACGGGGAAGCCCAUCAUCACCGGGAACAGGCUCGGGGCCACCAUGAGCCUCAAGGGACUCAGAGUGACGCAGGUGACAUCGCACGUGGGUCCGGUGGAGGUGCAGAGGCUGGAGACACUGCUCAGCUUGGGGCUGAGGCUUUUUGGGGUGCCCAGAGCCAACAAGUGGCUCCAGGCCCGUGUCCCCCUGCCCACCCUGUACGGCCUCCGCCUGCUCAACCCGCGACUCUCACUGCACGAGGGUUUCAUGCUCAUCACCACGGACCUGCAGCACGAGCCGUGACACCGGAUGCCUCGUGGCCCCUUCACCCUCACCAUCCCACACCCGCUGCCCCGGUGGCCCCA